AUGGUAUCUGCGAUCACUAUCAAAGAUUGUCUGACACCAUUGCGGAUAAAACAAUUCUCAAAAGCAGGACCUAGUUCGCAACCUAUGACGGAUAAGAAUCAAGGAUGCGCUCGAUACGCCUGUGACGGUCGUUAUCGCGCACAUCCUCCGAGCUUGAGGACCACGGGAGCGAAACUUUCGUUAUACGUCAGGAGCUUGGUCACAUCAUGA